AUGUCGUCGGACCUCGAUAGGCAAAUAGAGCAGCUAAAGAGAUGCGAACCUCUUAAGGAAUCGGAGGUUAAAUCUUUAUGUCUCAAGGCUAUGGAGAUUCUAGUUGAAGAGAGUAAUGUUCAGAGGGUUGAUGCUCCUGUUACUAUAUGUGGUGACAUACAUGGCCAAUUUUAUGAUAUGAAAGAGCUGUUUAGAGUGGGAGGUGAUUGCCCAAAGACAAAUUACUUGUUUCUUGGAGACUUUGUUGAUAGAGGAUUUUAUUCAGUUGAAACGUUUCUUCUUCUCCUAGCAUUAAAGGUGAGGUAUCCAGAUCGGAUAACCCUCAUUAGGGGAAAUCACGAGAGCCGGCAGAUUACUCAGGUUUAUGGAUUCUAUGAUGAGUGCCUCCGCAAAUAUGGUUCUGUCAAUGUUUGGAGAUACUGCACUGAUAUUUUUGAUUAUUUGAGUCUGUCCGCACUUAUUGAAAACAAGAUAUUUUCAGUCCAUGGAGGUCUCUCCCCAGCAAUUUCCACUUUAGAUCAGAUAAGAACAAUUGACCGGAAACAAGAAGUACCUCAUGAUGGCGCUAUGUGUGACCUCUUAUGGUCUGACCCUGAAGAAAUUGUUGAAGGUUGGGGUUUGAGUCCUCGGGGUGCUGGUUUCCUGUUUGGCAGUAGUGUUGUUACUCCAUUCAACCAUACAAAUAACAUUGACUAUAUAUGCCGUGCCCAUCAAUUGGUCAUGGAAGGUUAUAAAUGGAUGUUCAAUAAUCAGAUAGUUACUGUUUGGUCGGCGCCUAACUACUGUUACAGAUGUGGGAACGUAGCAGCAAUUCUCGAGUUAGAUGAGAAUCUCAAUAAGGAGUUUCGUGUUUUUGAGGCAGCUCCUCAGGAAGCUAGAGGUGCUCCUGCUAAGAAACCUCCGCCCGAUUACUUCUUAUGA